AUGACCUGCCUGAGAGUUUACCUGCGGAAAUCCCCCGCCAACUCUCCUGAGGCGUCAUCCUUUCUCCUCAGCACACAUGGUCAGCUCAAGCUGUCAAUCUUCAAAAAGCAUGAAAUACUUGUUGUCAGCGUUUUGGAGGCAAGGGACAUGCUGGAUGAGUGCCAGAGGUCAUGUGACUCCUAUGUUAAGGUUGGCAUGUUUCCUGAUUCCGAUCCUGGAGGGCGACAGAAGACUCAGAUGGUUCCUCGCUGUCGAAACCCUGCUUUCUUACAGACAUUUUACUUUGCAGUCAGUGAAGGAGACCUUCAUAAGAGACUCCUCUUUACAGCGUGGAACUCUGACUCUACAACAAGGUAUCUUGUGCUGCUUGGCUGCAUGAGCUUUGGCGUACGCUCCCUUAUGGAGGCAGAAAAGGAGGUCCAAGGAUGGUUCUACCUACUUGGGGAGGAGCUGGGGAAAAAGAAGCAUCUACAAAUUCCCGCACGGCACAAUCACAACACUGAGGCUGUGCUGUCAAACCAUGGUGCUGCCCCCGAAACCAAUCACCCUGAGAAUAUGCAGUGCUUAACUGUCACAAUCCUUCGAGGAAAGGAUGGAUAUGGAUUUACCAUCUGCUCCGAUUCCCCUGUGAGGGUGCAGGCUGUUGAUCCAGGGGGUCCAGCAGAUCAGGCUGGUCUGCAGCAGCUGGACACGCUCCUGCAGUUAAAUGGUCAGCCAGUGGAGCAGUGGAAAUGUGUGGACCUGGCUCAUGCUAUACGAAACAGUGCCAGUGAGAUCACAGUCGUAGUGUGGCGCACCGGUCCCUCUGUCAAACCUAGUUUUGAAGGCCUGAUCCACCGGCCCUCAUACAAAUCCCCUACCUCAAACUAUGAUGCCCCCUCACCCCCCACCCGCAGGCGUGCACCAGAUGCUGGCACAAGUAAAUCCCCCCCAACUGUGCCGCCUCUCCCAGCUCACCACCGCGCCGCUGCGUCCCGCAGGCUGCUGGUGAACGGCUCAGAAGCUGGAAACAAUGUUGGCAUAAGCAGAGGGACCCUCGCGUGGGGGGGCCAUGUAGGGUCAACUGAGGAGCUGGAUGGGAAACCGCGUCUGCUGCACCAUCCUCCAACCGCCACACUGAAAGGAACCAGGGUGAAGGCAUCCAAUGGGGACAAUUACAUCAUCCUGGCACCCAUAAACCCCGGAAGCCAGAUCCUGAGGCCUGUUUAUCAGGACAACCAGGGUACAUUAGCUGCAGGUUACAGCAGGUUAUACCCGACUCGACAGACUUCUGGUCCGCAGCCUCAGAGUGGUGGUGGUGGUGGUGCUUCUUCUGGGGGUGUCGGUGGUGGGGGAGGUAGCAGUGGCGGCCUCUCCAGCCGAACUGGCUUCCUUCGUCGAUCUAACAACUCCAAGAUAUCAAAAGGAUCAUCCACCUCCACCAGUGUUGGUGCACCCAACUACCCGCAGCAGAACGCUAAUUUUGCCAACUAUCAGAACUGCACGAUCGUCCGGUCACACGCUCCACACGCCAAUUAUGGAUAUGUCAAAGUUGCACCGAAAAUCCUCAUCUUCCCCAUAUUUGUUCAGCCUCUUGACCUUUGCAGCCGAACACUCAUCAUAUCUGAGGAGAUGAUACUCCACGAGAGCCAGCACCACUCUCAAAAGGUUACAGUGUUCAUCUACAGCGACUUGAUGCUCAUGACGAGAGAAAACGAGCCAGGCAGGUGUAACGUCCUCCAGAGUCCGCUGUAUCUCCGACACCUGCGGCUCCAGGAUGAUUACUGCAGGGAAAUGAGCAUGAAGUUAGAUUCAGUUACAGAAAAGUGUGACUGUCUGCUCAGCCUGGAAGCCUAUUCUGCAGACCAGAAGCGCCGUGUGUGUCAGUGCCUGAAGGACAACAUUGACAAGCAGCUCCAGCUUCACAGGAGGGAGGCUACCGUUCCACAUUUCGACCAGAUGUUGGAGCCUAAGGUGGAUGCCUCUUCUUGUGAGCUGGGUGGAGUGGAAAGAGGCCGAGAGAGCAUAGGCCUCCACAUGCCCACGAACAGCACGGAGGGUGAGGACAGUAGUCUCUAUCCCUCCAGCCCGUCAGAACCUCCAACUCUAAGUCCUCACCCCUCAGAGCCACUCACCCCCUUGGAUGAAGUCUAUACCCCCCUUGGAGGGUUUCUGGGCUCCACGGAGCGGCAUAAGGUGCCCCCCACACCCCCUCCUUCCACAGAAGGAGAGGAUUCAAAGAGUAUAGAAGGGCAGGAGAUGGACAUCUGGAAGGAGAGCAAGGAUGAAGAAGACAAGAAAGAGGAUGAAGACGAGGGGAGCAGCAAAAGGAGCACAAGGAGUGAGGAGGGGGAUGAAGAUCGGAAUGAAGAAGAGGUCAACUUAAACCUGGUAGUGUCGAACACAGAUGAGGACAAUGUCUCCGAGCCCCCUGACACUAAUGCUCCCCCUUCCUCCUCCUCCUCCUCAUUCGUCAUUCCUGAGCUGCGUCUCGAUCGCUCCUUUAGCGCCGAUGCCCUCUCCUCGCCCAACACUGAUGAGGAGGAGUAUGAUGAGGAUGAAGAGGAGGAAUCUCAGGAGGAGGAGGAGGAUGACGACAGCGACGAUGCAUACUUGCAGCGAAGUGACAGCAAACGCCGUAGCAUGGUGGAGGGCGCCACAUGUGAGAAACAUGGAGGAGGGAGGCUCAGUGUGCAGAACUCUCUCCGCCGGCGUACGCACAGUGAAGGCAGCCUGCUGCAGGACCCCCGUAUGCCCUGCUUCACCUCUGACAAUGCCAUCAACUGCCUGGAGUCUGGUGGGGUGCACCAAAAGGGGGGCUGGACGCUUCCAUCACCCAAAACUCUGAAGAAAGAGCUGAUGAAGAAUGGAGGCUCCAUGCAUCAACUGUGCAUGCUCUUCUCUGGGAGGAAGCUGAGCGCCGGAUCACCCUGUAGCUGUGAGGUCGGCUCUGACGGAACAAAGAAGAAGAAAUCCAAGAACCUGGCCAAAGACAUGAAGAAUCGGCUGGCUUUCCUGCGGAGGCGGAAUGAGUCCCCAGGAAGUAACUCAGCCGGCAAGUUGGACAAAACCAUGAAGUCAGUCAAGCCCACCCCAGAGGAAGCAAUGAAAUGGGGGGACUCUCUUGACAAGCUGCUGACACACAAAUAUGGUCUGGCAGCCUUCAGAGCUUUCCUGCGCACAGAGUUCAGCGAAGAGAACCUGGAAUUUUGGCUAGCAUGCGAGGAAUACAAGAAGGUCAAGUCGCAGUCUAAGAUGGCCUCAAAAGCCAAGAAAAUCUUUUCAGAAUACAUUGCUAUACAGUCUUGUAAAGAGGUGAAUCUGGAUUCAUACACUAGAGACCACACUAAGGACAACCUGCAGAAUGUGACACGCUCCUGCUUUGACUUAGCGCAGAGGCGGAUAUAUGGGCUGAUGGAAAAGGACUCUUACCCCCGCUUCCUUCGCUCUGAACUCUACUUGGACUUAAUCAACCAAAAAAAGUCCAGCGCCACGUCCACUUCAUCUUCAUCUUAAGACACGAGGAAGAACAUGAGGAGCAAAGAACAAUGAUGACAGAAACUAAAGGGCAGACUUGGAAAAACAGAAAAAAAAA